AUGCAAUAACAGGAAACAAACUUUGACGAAAAUUUAUAUUCAAGAUAAGUGGCUGUGUUGGGAGCCGAGACUUAAUCCAAACUGAUCUAAAUGAAGUGUUUCAUUCAUGGAUUGAGAGGGUUGGGAUUAGAGAUAGCCAAGAAUUUGAUAUUGGCUGGGCCAAAAUCUGUAACCGUAUAUGAUCCAACAGUGUUAUCUAUAGCUGAUUUGGGUUCAAAUUUUUAUGCCACACUCGAACAAGUAGGAAAGGUCACAAGAUAAGAUGCAGCAAUCAAAUAAUUGAAAGAAUUGAACCCAUAUGUGAGUGUGGAAAUAUACAAUGGGUAAUUGAAUGGAGCCAGUUUGAGUGAAUAUUCAGUCGUGGUUCUGACAGAUGUUUGGGAUUAGAAAUUCAUCACCGAAGUAAAUGAGGCAGUCAGACAAAAAGGACAUGGAUUCAUUUUGGCUCAUUCUUCAGGAUUAUUUGGAUCGACAUUCAUUGAUUUCUCAGAUAAAUUCUAAAUUUUUGAUCCAAAUGGUGAAGAACCAAAGUAGGCAAUUGUGGCUGGAAUUACAAAUGAAGUGGAAGGAAUAGUGAGUACAAUAGAAGAAAAGAGACAUGGAUUUUAGGAUGGAGACAGUAUCACAUUCAGAGAAGUGGUUGGAAUGGCAGAAGUGAAUGAUAAGAUCUUUAAGAUAAAGGUGAAAUCCCCAUUCAUGUUCAGCAUUGGAGAUACAACAGGCUUCUCCUAAUAUUUGAGAGAGGGCAUUGCAUUGUAAGUGAAGGUUCCUGAAGAUAUUGCAUUCAAAUCAUUCAAUGCAUCAUUGAGUCAUCCAUUUGCACCAGGCAAGAAUGAAUUAGAUUUGAUGGAUUGGGAAAAGAUUGGAAGACCAGAACAAUUACACAUCUCAUACAAUGCAUUAUUAUAAUUCACAUAAUAAAAUGGCAGAUGGCCAGGAUUAUUGAAUUAGGAGGAUGCCUAAAAAGUGUGGGAAUUAGCAUAACAAAUCAAUAAUUCAGACAGAGGAGAAGGAGCUUUAAAAGCAGAAUUGGAUGAGCAAUUGGUAAAGAACACUGCAUUGUAUUUCUCAACUUAAAUAACUCCCUUGACUUCAUUCUGGGGUGGUAUUGUGGCCUAAGAAAUAGUCAAAUACACAGGUAAAUUCACUCCAAUCAGACAAUGGUUACACAGUGAAUUCUUUGAAGCUUUGCCUGAAACUGAAGUCAACAGAACAUUGUUGAAUAAUCAAUAUGAUGAUUAUGUUGCAAUCUUCGGAAGAGAAGCAUUACACUAAUUAUAAAACUCAAAUUUAUUUAUGGUUGGUGCAGGUGCUUUAGGAUGUGAAUACAUCAAAAUGUUUGCACUUAUGGGAUGUGGCAGUGGUGCUUCAGGUUAAAGUGACUGUUACUGA